AUGGAGGCAAAGGCAGACUAUACUCAGGCAUUUGUCCUGUUUGGUAAAGUGGUCGCAAUUUACCUCGUAUUGUCCCAAGGAUGGAAACUGAUUCGAGGUAUAAGAAAUCACAUAUUGUCUGGGUGGUUUCAGACCGACUUAAAACAAUAUGGACGCUGGGCAGGUAAGAAGGAUUAACCACUGAUAAGAGGAAUGAUUUAGUUGUUUGCGAUUUCAUAGAUAUUAUAGGCUUUGCGAACAUCCUUCUCAAUGUCUAAGAAUAUACCACGGAGGUUUGAAAAGUAUGUUUUGAAAUUUACAUGACACACCAGGGGAAAAACACUGAUAAAAAAAAUGGUAAAUUGACAGAUUGUCUGAUACUGUAUCGAGUGUAUAAUUCAAAGAGAAAAGCAAAACACCAUCCCCAGAUAUUCAGUAUUACCUAUGAUUAGCAUGCAUUAGAUAUUCAAUUACUACAAUGCUAUGAUUCUACAAAAUAACUUUUUAGUUACAAAGACCAAAGCUUGGUGCUACUAACAAAAAUGGGAUAUCUAGGGAAAAAUUGAUAUUUCACUACCAGCGAAUUAAAUUGUUCUGCUAAAAUACUAUGGACCAAUGUUUAUAUACUAGGUCCCAUCUGUUAUUUAAAUCUUAUUAUAAUGUAGGGACUAGUAAGACCAUACUAUGCAUUCAGAUUCCUUAAGGGACACUUCACUACCCAUAUACAAUUUUUUAUUUUUUUUAUUAAAUCACUGUUUACUAGAUAUACCUUCAAUUAAAACAUUCAAGAAUUUAAUUAUGCAUUUUUUUUUCAUUGGGGCUAUAUCUAAAAACAGCUUUCAAAACCUGCAGUUCUAUUGUCUGCAGCCUUUGCAAGCCCUCCCCUUCUAACCCUGCUCAGGCUUUCUGUGGCUGUCCAAUCACAGACUUCCCAAUGCAGCUCAAUGAGCAGUCUUUGCAAGGCAGGUGCUCUGGGCAAUUGCUGCCUCAGCUUCACUGAGCUAAACAAACCAGCUUCACUGAGCAACUGUCUGAGAGCGAGGGGGUGUAACAUGUCUAAGUUAUAAAAGUGCCAAUUUGUAUUGAAAUAUGCAUACUCUUUACGCACAUCAGUAAGCUGAAGUGCUUUAAGGAUCUGGAGUGUAACUUUAAAUUUCACUACUUUGCUUUGCAAUGCACUACUUUGUCUAUGGGUUUGCAAAAACUUUCUUGUGUUUUUAUUGUGUUCUGGGAGGUGGAGGACAUAUUUGACAAAGUAGAUACUGCACUCUGCCGCCUAUUCCAUGUGUUGGAGAGUGGUGGUGUACUUAACUGAGUUAGGUGCUAGGUUUUAAGAUUUGGAAUGGACGUGUAAUGGUAAAUAUUAGGCAUGGUGAUACCUGUCACCUCCCUCAAAUACUGAAAUAAUUAUUUGCAAAGUCAUCUGCCAAGAGUUUAUUAACAGAUGGAAAAUGGGCCAGCAUUUUAAAGAAUUUCAUACCAGGCAUCAUUUUACCAUUGUUGUCAGGAUAUGGAAGGAUCCUCAGCAAGAUACAUAUAAUUCAGCAACCCAGACAAAGGCACAUUAGGAAAAGAUAGACAGUUGUUGUAUUAUACCUUUUGGAAUGUCUGGGCUUAAUGCUUAUGUAGAAACAUCAUUAUAUAGAAGUAUCAGCACUAAACUAUCCAAAACACAUGCCAGGUCUAGUUACGUAAAAUAAGUUGGUUCUGAAAAACAGAACUAGGACAAAGCAGAGUCAGGAAUGAAGACAGGUCUGGUACGCAGGAACACUGGACUGGAUAAAGUCAAAGUCAGGGAUGUUGCCAAUGUCUGGUAAGGAACUAAAAGACUUCAGAAUUUUUCGUAAGUGUACUCGAUUUUUGACACAAGCAUCUAGAUGGCAAAAUCAAAAGAUCGCCUUACAACCAUUUCAUAUGUUGCAUUUGAAAAACAUUUUCCAUGCUACUUUCCCGGACCUCAGCAGGCCCAGCUACAGGGCAGAUGGCCCCCUUUGUGGUCCUCCACCACACACUUGACUCUUCAAAGCCGUUCCUUCCAGUGGCCUGGCCUUCUUGGCCCUCCACUUAUUCUUCUUGCAUAUGUGCCUCCUGUCCCAUAUUGUGCUUGACUUCCCUCCUGUUGUCACAGAGUCUGUGUUUAAUGCUAUGGAUUGAGUGGGGAAUAUUAAGGUCUCUGACUGCACACCGUAUAUCCUCCAACAGAUGUUUGAUCACACUAACUCUCACAUUAGGGUUCUCCAGCCCUCUACAGAUUUACCUCAACCAGAAUUGCCUUUUCCUCAUCUGCAUGCUUCUUUACUCCCUGUCAUCCCCUUAUUUCAGAAUGAACAGCAACCUCUUAUUCUCCUUCCUGUGAUCUUAGAACAAGUCUACCUGCUCUGGUCUGAUCCUGCAGACUGUGACUGCCUAACAGUGGGGUAUUCUACUCUACUCUGUUGUAAUGAAGCAGGAUACAUGUACCCAAUGGUGUAAGUUCACAUUCUUACAGAGGGAUCAUAGGGAUUUAGGAGUAGGACGUGUUUGGAGUUAGAGGCACCAAUAGCUGAGGCUGUGAAAUUUAGGGGUUAAGCAGGAAGUGCUUGAAUUGAGAUUUAGAUCUAAAACAAAGGAAAGGGUUAUCUACAGUAAGAACAAUAAUGAUUUUAUAGCCUAUAUAACUAGGUAAGUUGCCCUAGUGCAAAUCCUUGGCCUUCCUAACCCAAGCCUUGACGUUUGCAGUGGUCAUUUUUAACAGCACGGUUAUCUAACAGUGACAUUUCAAAUUAAUAUUAUUAUUUUUUCAAUAUUAUUACUAUUUUCAUUUAUAUGGCGUCAACAUAUUCUACAGUGAUUAAUAAUUGGAGAAUGGGCAUAUUUGACAACAUGAAACAAAUAUUGAUUGUACAGGGGCAAAGUUGGAUUUCUACAGAGUGGUCUAGGUGAAUUGUUCAGUAGCUGUAUAAUGUAUAUGAUGUAUUGUUAUAUCUCGCUUUGCAGUGGUAACAGGAGCAUCAGAUGGAAUUGGCAAAUCAUACGCUCGAGAGGUAAGCUUUAUACAUUUUUUCAAGGUUUAUAAGGUUCAGAAAGGUAAUUUGUUAAGGUUCUUAUGGUUAAAUCUGCUUUUUAGUUUUAGUUGGAGAUCCCAAUCUGUGCAGUUUGCAUUGUGAGUGUUUGUUGCUUCAUUUCAAUACUCUCAUAGCUGUAAUAAAAAAAAUUAUAUAUCCAAAUAAAAAUAAUGUAUAUCUGAAGUAAAUAAAUAAAUAAAUAAUAAUAAAAAUAAAAAAAACACUGAUCAAGUGCCUCCAGCCUUUUGUAGGCUUGUCUAGGUGUACCCCCAUUGGAUAAAGCUUUUAAAUAUGUAUUUUUGUAGAAGUAUACAAUCAAAACAGAGAUUUCAUGUUUUAAUGUCUUUUCUAAUAAAUGUAAAUUUGUCUUGUUAGUGGCUCCAUCAGUUUUAGAUACGAUAUCAUUCACCCCAGCCCUUACUCUCUUGUCUAUGCGGCUUUUAACAUUUGACAUUUUAAAACAAUAUCUCAUUUUUUAAAUGGAGAAGAUGUGUAAGUCUAUGGGAUGCUUUUGGGACACACACUUUGACAGAUCCACCUUGAUUUCGUUCUUCUAUUUAGAAGCCUAAUUUUUUAUAGUUUUUUGGGGAGAACUGUCUCAUUGGUAUGCCUUUCCCCUAUUUUGUUAUUCUUUCUUUCUUCCCUCUUCUGCUAAUUCCAGAGUUUGGUUAUUAUUUUAUUAAUUAAUUUAUUUUGUUUGUUUUUUUACAAAAAUCAAGAGGUGGUUGCUUUUUAUUAGGUCUUUAACCGUUUAGAAUUUUUAUCCAUUUUAAUGCUUUAACAAUGUUUUGUUUUUUUCUAUUUUUUUAUUUAUUUGGUUCAGGCAAUUUGCCUUAUAAUAAGUUACAUGCUAUGUGCAAAACUUACAUUGUAUUUUAAUGAUCAUCAUGCUCUUAAUUUGCAUACUCGAGUGUUUAAUUUGUUACCGUUUAUUGUUCUUUGUACCUCAUUAUAUGAGGUCUACAACGUUACUAUUUUCCAGCAUAAUGGUUCUCAUUUUAUUAAAAGUAAGGAAAUCCUUUCACUGUGAGUUUAUGCAGCUAGAUCUUUGUCAGAAACUGAAACCAAAUAACCAUAUAACUGUCAAAAACUAACUCACUUAUGCAAUAACCAUUGUCAAUAUCCCUGUAUCAUUCCUGGUCACAGCUUGCCAAGAGAGGUCUUGAUGUUGUCCUGAUCAGUCGCACUCUGGAGAAGCUCAAGAAUGUGGCAUCCGAAAUAGGUAAAAUCAAUUUCUUUCAAUUGAUUUUAAAAAUAUAGAACAAGCAUUCAACGUACUGACUUAAAAAAAUAAAUACUCAAUUUAAAGUAAUUUUGCCAGAAUUAAAAUGUCUUUAUUUUUGUUAACAUGUAUCCUAGAUAGGUGUUUUGUGUCCCUAUGCCCUACCCCAAAGAUGGGAGGGCUAGUCUAGAAUUUGCAGCCUAUCAAUGUAGUCCAAAAAUGGACUUGUAAUGCAGAGGUUAAUUACUCAUUUCCAAAAGGCUAUUUAGCCAACUGUGUUAUAUAAAUGAAUAUGGGGUUUUAGUCACAUCACAUGUUGUACUGGGUAUAAGCCCGCCACUACUUUUGAAGGUACCCCAAUUUUUUUGGCCAUACCCAAAUGGUAAAAAGUACUUACCGCUUUAUUUGCUUGAGAUAGGAGAUGUGACAUUGGACUCUAAUCACAUUCUCCACAGAAUAGUUAUUUUUCACAGUUCCAACCCCUUGAUCUGAGCUAUCCGGGAUAUAAUAAACGUGGGGGAAACCUUUUGGUAAUAAAUAUGUGUUUAUGGUUGUUAUUGUUAGGCGCCCUGGUGUCUGGUAGAUAAGUAGAUUAUCUUGUCCUAUGUCGGCUAUGUCCCAGACACCAAGACUGCCAGGUUGUGCAAUGUCUAUUGUUUUCAUAAUAAUCCCCUGUUGGGAAUGUGUGUGUGUAUAUAUACCUGUGUGUUUUGAAAUAAACUUAGACCUGUUUCAUCCUUCAUCAAACCUUGGCUGAUGUUUUGGACAAGCUAUAAUCACUCUAGCUACUAUGUCCCAGGGGAAAGGGAAAAGUUAUAAUCACUUUGGCUGCUCUGUCCCAGGCGGAAGUGACAAGCUAUAAUCACUUUGGCUACUCAGGAGAAGGGAUACUUGGCGGAGAUACUCAGCCUGAGCAUAGAAGCUCCGUCACAGGUGAUUUAACAUUUUUUUAACUGUGUGCUGUUCCCUGAAUGCGUAUUUUGCAUACAUUUUAGUCUCUACAGUAGUAGUGCCACCGCUAUUUAAAAAAUGCAUAUUCUGUGUGUCCCUACAAUACAUUUUUUUUUUUGCAUUAAAAGGAUUGGCAUUCAGACCUGAAUAGAUGUAUCUUCUAAAAUUUUACCUAAUAUUUACACUUUUAUUACAGAGCAAAAAUAUGGUCGCAAAACUAAAAUCAUCCAAGCAGAUUUCACAAGAGGAUCAGAAAUGUAUGAGUCAAUUGAGAACAACCUAAAAGGGAUGGAGAUAGGAAUUCUGGGUAAUAUAUAUUUGCAAUUAUGUUGAUGUAGGACCUUUAGUGUAGAGUUUAUCAGGACAGAAUAAAACUGUGCUGUGUUUAUAUGUAAUUUUCCAUGAUACCAACUAACUGCCGAUUAUCAGGACAGGAUGAAAAGUAUGCUGGGUUUAUAUUUCACGUGAAGGUCUAUGCCGUCAUGCAGUUUAGGGCCUUAAUGCCAUAUGAUGACAUAGACUGUCAUACAGUAAAAGUGCCAGCAAAGGUUAAAUAACUGCUAGUACCAAGAAACCCGAAAUAUCUUUAGAUAACUGAAAGUCCAAUAUAUCAGCUGGGAACAGGGUUAGGUGCCCCAGAGCUAUGAACGGUAAAUGGAUUUAAAUACCUCUGCUGAUUAAUCAUGCUCAGACGCUGUAAAUAUGAAUAUGCAAUUUGGGGGUUUUGCAGUAGUGGGACACAUGGGAUUUAUGAAAUUCCUGAAAUAAAACGUGUGAAAAAAAGGCAAAAAAAUUUACUAAUUUGACCUAGGUUUGUGAUAAAGUGGUUAAAUUAAGUGCUUUAAAAUGCUCUUAGUUACCAAGCCUGGGGGAUGUACAUUCUACAAAUAUAUACUUUUAUGUAGUGGUAUUGGAUUCUGUGACUAUUAUUAAAUUUGUAAUCUCAGCAUUCCAAAUGUUGCAAAGUUUUAGCUUUAAAACUAUAUAAAGCAGUAUUUGUUUUAUAAAUUCUAAAAAUGUAUUGAAAUCUUAGACAUGUGCAUUUUAACAAUCAGAACUAAUUAGUGAAUGUAUUUUGAGUUCAAUUUAGCUGCACUUGAUGUGUAGAAAUAAUUAAAUGUAAAAAUGUUUUAUUUAAAGUUUUACCCCCCACAUUUUAAAUUAAGAUUAAUUAUAUAUUACAUAAUGGGAUAUUUAAUUGAAAAAUCCGAGAUAUUGUGCUGCUGUCUGACAGGAGCUUAUUCUCAUUCACAGUGAACAAUGUAGGUAUGAUCCUGUCUAAGCAUCCUGAGCGAUUUCUGAAUAUCCCUAAUAUUAACAAGGUUAGUUAUCAGCCAUUUAAAUAGUAAUUUGGGUUAAUUCACUUUCUGAAUGCAGUUGGGGCAGCAAGUUUCAUAAAAAAAAAAAAAAAAAAGAAUUACAAAUUAAUUUGCAACUUUCAUUUUGUCAAGGCAAAACUGGUCGAAAUGAGUUUGUUUUAUUUUUUUCAGCCAAAUGAUCAGAUUUUGUUCUACUUUAAGAUCAGUAAUUUACAUAUUGUAUUAAACAUUACAUGUUAACCCGUUCACUCUCAAAUCUGUUAGAAUGCUAAUUUGCAAAUACAUUCUCCUGCUUUCUUUGAAUUUUAGCUGGCUUUAGUAUUGGCAAUUGUCUGGCCACAAAUUUUGUCCCUGUCAAUUUCUUUCUUCCCCUCCCUGUCAAUUUAUUUCCCCCUGUCAUUUCUUUCCCCCUCCCUGUCAUUAUCCCCAAUCAAUUCCUCCCCACCCUGUCAAUUUCUUUCCCCCCUGUCCAAUUUCUUUCCCCCACAUCUUUCUCCCCAUCCUCUUUUCCCCUCCCCUUGUCCUCUCUUCUCCCCUCCUUGUCAUUAUCUUCUCCCCCUUUCACCCCCCUCCCCUAUCCAAUUUCUUUCUCCCCUGUCAAUUUCUUUCCCCACCCUGUCAAUUUCUUUCUCUCACCUCCCUGUCAAUUUGUUUCUACCCUCCUGUCAAUUUCUUUCUUCCCCUCCCUGUCAAUUUUAUUCCCCCUCUUCAAUUUCUUUCUCCCCUCCUGUCGAAAUUUCUCCCCUCUCUUGUCACUCUUCUCCCCCCUCUCCCUCCCUUGUCACUCUCUUCUCCGCCUCCCUUGUCACUCUCUUCUCCCCCUUGUCCCUCUCUUCUCCCCCCUCCCUUGUCACUCUCUUCUCCCCCCUCCCUUGUCACUCUCUUCUCCCCCCUUGUCUCUCUCUUCUCCUCCCGUUGUCACUCUCUUCUCCUCUCCCCUUCCCCACUCUCAUUCCCCCUCCCUCCUCUGUCACUCUCCCCUGUAAAUUUCUUUCAAUUCCCCUCCUGUCAAUUUCUUCCCCGAUCAGUUGUUCUCCCCUCCCUGUCAAUUUCUUUCUCCCCUCCCCUGUCAGAUUUCUUUUCCCCCUCCUGUCAAUUUCUUCCACCAGAUCAGUUUAUUUCUCCCCUGUCAAUUUGUUUCUCCACUCCCCAGUCAAUUUCCUACCUCCCUGUCAAUUUCUCCUCCCCCCUCCUGUCAGUUAUUUCCUGCCUUCCCUGUCCAGUUUAUUUCUCCCCACUCCUGUCCAAUUUAUUUCUCCCCAAUUUCUUUCUCCCCCUCCCUGUCCAAUUUAUUUCCUCCCCUGUCAAUUUAUUUCUCCCCCCUCCCUGUCAAUUUAUUUCUCCCCCUCCUGUCAAUUUCUUCCCCAUCAAUUUCACUCUUCUCCCCCCCAUCCUUGUCACUCUCUUCUCCCCUUAUUCCCUCUUCUCCCCCCUCUCCCUCCCUUGUCACUCUCUUCUCCCCCCUCCCUUUUCACACUCUUCUCCCCUCCCCCUCCCCACUCUCAUUCCCCCUCCCUCCCCUGUCACUCUCACCCCCUGUCAAUUUCUUUCUCCCCCCAUCAAUCCAAACACUCCCCUCCCUGUAAAUUUCUUUCUCCCCCAACCCCCCCCAACCUCCCCUCCCUGUCAAUUUCUUCCACCUUCCCCUCCAGAUUUAUUUCUCCCCCCCCCAAACCCCCAACAACCCCCCCACCCCCCAAAACUCCCCCUCCUGUCAAUUUCAUUUCUCCCCCCUCCUGUCCAGUAUCUUUCUCCCCAUCAAUUUCACUCUUCUCCCUUCCCUUGUCACUCUCUUCUCCCUCCUUGUCAAUCUCUUCUCCCCCCUUGUCACUCUCUUCUCCCCCUUGUCACUCUCUUCUCCCCUCCCCCUCCCCACUCUCAUUCCCCCUCCCUCCCCUGUCACUCUCACCCCUGUCAAUUUCUUUCUCUCCCACAUCAAUUCCCCUCCUGUCAAUUUGUUUUCUCCCCUCCUGUCAGUUUCUUUCUCCCCCCCUGUCAUUUCUUUCUCACCCCCCCUGUCAAUUUCUUUCAAUUUCUCCGUCAAUUUCUUCCCCCCUCCUGUCCACCACCUCCCGUCAAUUUCUUUCCCCCCCUGUCCAAUUUCUCCCCCCCUGUCAGUUUCUUUCUCCCUGUCAAUUUCUUUGUCAUUCUUUCUCCUGUCAAUUUCAUUCUCCACCCUCCCUGUCAAUUUCUUCCCCCCUCCCUGUCAAUUUCUUUCUCCCCCUCCCUGUCAAUUUCUUUCUCCCCCUCCCUGUCAAUUUCUUUCUUCCCCCUGUUAAUUUAUUUCUCCCCCCCUGUCAAUUUCUUUCUCCCCCUUCCCUGUCAAUUUAUUUCUCCCCCCCUCCUUGUCAAUUUCUUUCUCCCUCCACCCCUACCUCUGUUGUAACGUGGCUGAGCCCUGUAUAACCAUACAGGGCUCAGCCACGCUACAUUGAGGGAGUGACAGGAGGGAGCGCUGAGUGCUUCCCUCCUAUCAGCCCCUCUCCUCAUGCUGCGCCCGGGCGGUGCGCCCUCAUGGACGCACCAGCCUGGGCAAAGCUGCAGCCGCCUGAGGCUCUCUACAGAGCGCUCGGGCGGCUGCAGAAUGGGGGGGGGGAGGGCGGCGCUCCUGGUGCUGCCUAGUCCGCCUAACAGGUAACGCCGGCCCUGUCUAUAUACCUUGUUUGCAUGAUAUUAUGUAUAUUAUUGAUGCACAUUACAUAAAAAAUGUACUUAAAAAAAGACUAAAUAACCAAAAAUCUAAAAGAUGUAUUUUCAUUUCUACCAGGCUAUUACGGAUACGAUUAACUGUAACAUACUGUCAGUAUUGCAGGUAAGUGCCAAUCCACACCUCUACUAACGAAUACAAUCACAAUGCUCAAGAAGUUGUCUAUCAGAUUCUAUAGAUUUUUGCAAAAAAAGGCAUUUUUGCACAAAUAGAAUAUUCAAGAUUAUAAUUGAUAUGUAUGUGAGCAGGAUGUUAAUCCAGGGAGAAAUCUGAAUGCCAUUAUGUCAAGGGGAUUUCCCCCCCCCCACACUUUUUGUGACUUAAUUGGAAAUGGCUACAAAUGGAUAGUUUUGCCCUCUUUUAGAUAAACAGUAUAAAAGAAUGGAUUUUAAGAUUGAACUUGUUGAACUUUAGUCUUUUGGAUUACUAUGUAACUAUAUGUAAUGCUGGAAGUAGUGACGUAAGUGAGACAUGCCAUGGAUAUACAUUCUGGUGCACAGUGGUCAAGUCCUGGGAACUCACCCAAGAUCUGCUCUCCCCCCCCCCAGCUGAAAAAAACUCCAAUUAUACACUCGUAUGCAGGGGCUGAGUAAAGGCACUGGGCUUAGUAAGGUGGCAGGGGCUGAGUAAGGUGGACAGGGGAUGAGUAAGGUGGAAAGGGGCUGAGGAAGUGGGACAGGAGCUUAGGAGGGGUGGGACAUGGGCUGAGGAAGGGGACAAGGGCUGUAGGUUACAGGAGCUUAGGAGGGGACAGGUGCUGAAGAAAGGGACAGGGGCUGAGGAAAGGGUCAGGGGCUGAGGAAAGGGAUAGGGGCUGAGGAAAGGGUCAGGGGCUUAGGCAGGACAGGGGCAGAGGAAAGAGACAGGGGCUGAGGAAAGUGACAGGGGCUGAGGAGGGGAACAGGGUGUCCCUGAGGAGGGGGGACAGGGUAUCCCUGAGGAAGGGGACAGGGUGUCCCUGAGGAGGACAGGGACUGAGUGAGGUGGACAGGGGCUGAGUAAUGUGGACAGGGGCUGAUGAAGAGGGACAGGAGCUUAGGAGGGGGGUGACAUGGGCUGAGGAAGGGGACAGGGGCUUAGGGUUACAGGAGCAGGAGGGACAUGGAGCUAGGGAGGAGCACAGAACAUUAGGGGAGGGGCUGAGUAAUGUGGACAGGGGAUGAGGAAGAGGGACAGGAGUUUAGGAGGGGGGUGACAUGGGCUGAGGAAGGGGACAGGGGCUUAGGGUUACAGGAGCUUAGGAGGGGGACAGGUGCUGAGGAAAGGGACAGGGGCUGAGGAAAGGGACAGGGCCUGGGUAAGGGGACAGGGGCUGAGGGGGACAGGGUGUCCCUGAGGAGGGGGACAGGGACUGAGUGAGGGGGACAGGGCCUGAGUGAGGGGGACAAGGCCUGAGUGAGGGGGACAGGGUGGGACUGAGGAGGCGGACAGAGACUGAGUGAGGGGGACAGGAGCUUAGGAGGGGGGGGGCAGGGGCUGAGGAGGGGGCAGGGCAGAGUAAGUGCUUUCCCCCCUCCCUGAGGCUUACCUUGGGCCAGUGAGGGGUGAGACAAGAUCUGGAGCCUGCAGCCAGUGGAGUCGGCCGGCCCUACUGAUGAUGUCAGGAGGAGGAGGUGUGACUUCCUCUGCUCUUCUUAUAGACUCCCCAGCGGUCCUUGGAGAAGAGCAGAGGAAUUCACGCCCCCUCCUCAUGACAUCAUCAGUAGGGCCGGCUGACUCCACUGGCUGCAGGCUGCAGGGAGAGAGGUGAGUUUAGAAAUCCGAGUCCCCAGCCAGAGGCAGGACUAGUAAUGGGAACGGUGUUCCUGCUGUGAAAAAAGUGCAGGAACGCCGUUCCCAUGCGUUCCUGCAGGACUCGAGCCCUGCUGGUGCAGCUCAAGGUGUUGGCAAGUUGACCACCAUUCCCAGGUCUAUGGCUUACUUCUGCUCCCAAUCUGUAAUGAUAUUUAUCCUUUUUAACUGUGUGAUAACGUCAUGCUAUUUUCAGUGUAGGGAAAAUAUAAUGCCACUAUGAUGACUGUUGCCUUUUAUAGUCAAUGUGUUGAUAGUAAAAUUAUAAAUUAAAUCGCCAAAGGUUACACAGGGCUACAAGCAAUCUGUGAUACAAUGAAAGACAGCGUAAAAUGAAACAUCUAUAUCUAUAUAUAUAGAUAUUAAUUUACAGAUUUAGCUUUCAUUAAUCUCUAAGCAGCAAUUCUAGAUUGUUAUUAAGCUGUUGCUCUAAGAUAAAUCCUACUGUAGAAUUAGUAAUUUCUUUAUUCAUCAUUAUUCUUCUAAUUGCAUAAAACCUAGCAAUAGAACCUCAUAUCCGAUAGACAAAAAAUGGAGUUCUGCGCAUCAAGUAGGUAGUGCACACCCAGGUGCUACUGCAGUUUAUUACAGGACACAAUAUAAACAAACGUUUCGGGCAACAAGCCCUUCCUCAGUGCUUGUUGCCCUUCCUCAGUGCUAAUGAGGAAGGGCUUGUUGCCCGAAACGUUUAUUUAUAUUGUGUCCUCUAAUAAACUGCAGUAGCGCCUGGGUGUGCACUACCUACUUGAUGCGCAGAACUCCAUUUUUUGUCUAUCUGCUUGUUACACUGUUGGAACUACAGUAAGGAGACCCUGCAGCUAGGAUUUAACUGUUCAUUAUUGUGUUCUUUAUCUUUGAUAAUCGGUGGGCAUCAUUGAUGCCUCUGCCUCAUCCUAUGCAUAGAACCUCAUAACCAUGACAAUUACCUUUCCUUUCAGAUGACUCGAAUCGUUCUCCCACAGAUGAUAGAAAGGUACAUUUUAUGUUCUUUAUGUAAAAGUAACAGAGCAAAGAAUGGAAAGCCUAGUACUGUGGUAGAUCCCAUAAAGAUUACCUUCAAAGAAUUAUCCAAGGACAUGUUGAGCAAUAAUGUAAUGCAUUGACACUAUCAUACAUGCCUAAAGCCUUCUGGCUAUUUGUGAUAAGGCAAAUAGUAUAUACACUAAAAUUGAAUAAGAAAUGCGACAAAUAGGAGUGAUCCCAGGUGUACCUCACUAACACCAAGUAAUAAAAUAAAGACAAAAAGGUGGGAAAAACACCCAAAUAAGCGUACAAAAAAGUACAACCUGGAGAAAUGGGUCCAGGACAGGUAAGGCUUUAGAAAGUAAUAACAAAUCUAAAAUAAUCAAAAAAUAUCAUAGCGUAAUACAGUUUAAAAUGUAAUAGAAAUGUGUGGUGCUAGUAGCAAACUCAGAAACGUGGGUAGAAUGCAGGCUUCUCACGCCACCUGGGGUUAUCUAUACUCUGAAUUUGAUAGCAGAUUCUGAGGUGUAAAAUAUCUUCAAAGGAAAAUAGGAAGAAAACCAUUUAUGGUGAAGUAUGUAAGAAAAUAGAAAACGAUUUAUUUGAAUGCACUUACAAACAGGUAGAUGCUAUAGCCAUAUCUCCACUUCGAGUGGAAUAAAAAUGCAGUGUGGUGGGUCUGGAAAAUAGUCCAACUUUGGCCGCAGGAAAAUAAAAGAAAGAUAUACAAUAAAAACAAACAUACAUAUCAAAAGUCUAUAAAUCCGACACGUUUUGUCCAAGGAGCAGGAAGGACUUCUUCAGGGAUAUGAUGAUUCUUCAAAUGGAAAGCUUCUCUUUACCCGUAAUAAUUCUGCUUAAUUCGAUUAACCGGUGGCGUUUGUUCCACCACUGGAACGCAAUGACAGACUUCCUGUAGCGUCUUGAUCAGGGCCGGAUCAAGGAUUUUUGCCGCCCUAGGCAAAAGUAAAGUUUGCCGCCGCCGCCCCCCAUGUGACAUCACAAUGCCCCACCCAUAUGAUCUGCCACGUUAACUAACGCCAGUGCUGGAGUGCCGCCGUGUUUACAUUAAAAGGCCUGCAGGGACAGGCUAUAGACAUCAGAACCACUACAUUAAGCUGCAGUGGUUCUGGGGACUAUGGUGUCUCUUUAAUGUGAGGUAAACUAGAGAAUAGUGCCACGAAUAAUAUUCUAUAUUGCCUACUUACAACCAGAUGAGGAUGAUGAUGGCUUCUAGCUGCAGUCUGGCUCCACAGGUCUGGUGUAGAACAGGCUCUCUGGAGACUGUUUGUAACUAUGGUCACAAAAAUCAAUGUUCUGGGAGAACGGGAAGCAGCUCCAUUUUUUUGGGGCCCUUUACACAGCUCAAGGUCUGGGUCCCUCCCCUGUCACUCUCACCCCCCUGUCAAUUUCUUUCUCUCCCCCAUCAAUUCUCCUCCCUGUCAAUUUCUUUCUCCCCCCUCCCUGUCAAUUUCUUUCUCCCCCCUCCCCUACCUCUGUUGUAGCGUGGCCGAGCCCUGUAUGGUCCGCGGGUACAGGGAGCUUUUGUUUCCUUUACCCGGCCGGACUAACAGGAAGUGCACACUCAGUGUUAGUCCGGCCAGGUAGAGGAGACAGAUGCUUCCUGUACCCACGGACCAUACAGGGCUCGACCACGCUACAGUGAGGGAGUGACAGGAGGGAGCGCUGAGCACUUCCUGGACGCACCAGCCCGGCAAAGCUGCAGCCGCCUGAGGCUCUCUACAGAAUGCCCGGGCGCUGCAGCAUGAGGGGGGCCGGCGCUCCUGGCGGCGCCCUUUCCCAAGAGGCACCCUAGGCGGCUGCCAAGUCAGCCUAACAGGUAGCGCCGGCCCUGGCUGCAGGAUGAGGGGGGCCGGCGCUCCUGGUGGCGCCCCUUCCCAAGAGGCACCCUAGGCGGCUGCCUAGUCCGCUUAAUAGGUAGCGCCGGCCCUGGUCUUGAUACUUCUAUUUUCUUACAUACUUCACCAUAUAUGGUUUUCUUCCUAUUUUCCUUUGAAGAUACUUUACACCUCAGAAUCUGCUAUCAAAUCCAGAGUAUCGUUAACCCCAGGUGAGGUGAGAAGCCUGUGUUCUACCUACAUUUCUGAGUUUGCUACUAGCAACACACAUUUCUAUUACAUUUUAAACUGUAUCACGCUAUGAUAUGUUUUUAUUAUUUUAGAUUUGUUAUUACUUUCUAAAUCCUUACCUGUCCUGGACCCAUUUCUCCAGGUUGUACUAGAUUUUAUUUUUUUAUUACGCUUAUUUGGGUGUUUUUCCAAUCUUUUUGUCUUCUGGCUAUUUUGGCCUUAAAUGUAAACUCCCUUGUGAAAUUUCUGACAAUUUACUGUUUAGUAUAGAAACACUUGUAUUCCUAAUCCUAAAGAGAUCAAGUUGUAGAGUAGUUUUAUACUACUGCUAACCUUUCUGCCUAUCACAACAUCAUCUGGCUCUCGAGCCGAUGGCCAACCCAAUGCUCCUCAUGAAGGAGCAAUAUUCAAUGCUUUCCUAUGAGCUGUAACCUCACUUGAUCAUGUUUCACUCCGAAAGGCAGCCACUAGUAUGCAAUGUUGACAUUGCAGUUUCUAUAAAACUUUUUACCACUGCACCAAGACCACUUCAUUGAGAUGCAUUUCAACUAAUGUUGGCUAAGCCUGCAAAACAGUCCUUAAACUAAUUUUUUUUUGUUUGGCAAUUGUUUCAAUUUCGUAGCCUGGUAGAGCAUUAAAACAAAAUGAGUUAAAAUGGAAUAAAGGGAGAUUGACCAAAUUUAGGUAAAUCAUUUCCAAACACUGACCUGUAAUAAUUAAGAGCAACAUCUAUUUGGUCUCAAUCAGCCCUCUGUCUUUAUUUCACCCAGAAACAAAGGUCUUAUUAUAAACAUUUCCUCGGAAGCUGGAAAUCAUCCAUUUCCUUUGUUAAUCGUGUACAGUGCUACUAAGGUAAGCAGGAGACAGUGGGCAUCAAGUAAUGAUAAAAUAUGAAGUUUUCAUAUAUUUAUUUUGUAUUUAAUGGAAGUUAGUUUGUAGUUUGUGGUCAUAAGGUCACACACACACACAGCACCUCCUCACACACACACAGCACCCCCUCCCCACAUACACACAGCACCUCCCAGACCCACAAAACCCCUCACACACACAGGUCAUAAGGCUUGGAUUAUGUAUAUACAAUGUACAAGCGGUUACAAAUUACUGAUAGUUCUUAUUUGCAUUUUCUUUAAUAGGUCUUUGUGGAUUUUUUUUCAAGAGGUCUCCACAUAGAAUACCAGUCAAAGGGAAUCACUGUACAGGUAUCGUGCAAGGCAAAUAGUAGUAUGCAUGUCAUUUUAUUUUGAGAAUGUGUAUUUACUCAGAGUGAAUUGAGCUGAAAUUUGAUAAAUAUGCAAAUGCCAUAUGCGUGCUGAGCAUUUUGAAAUAAACAUUUGUCUUUAGUAAAUUUGAUAAUUACAGAUUUGGUUUAAAUUCAGUUAUUUUUAUUUUUAUUUUUAUUUUUAUUUAAAUGUAAUGAGUAAUAUGUUGCCUAAGUGAAUAAAGGCUUUGGAGAUUACUUUAGCAGAUCCGCAACUGUCAUACAACUCUCUUGAUGCUUUGCUAGCUGGGGAUCUACCACUUUCCCAUCCUUGUAUUUCUUAAUUGUGUCUAUGUGUUUGAAUGAUGUACAGUUGCAAGAAAAAGUAUAUGAACCCUUUGGAAUGAUAUGGAUUUCUGCACAAAUUGGUCAUAAAAUGUGAUCUGAUCAUCAUCUAAGUCACAACAAUAGACAAUCACAGUCUGCUUAAACUAAUAACACACAAAGAAUGAAAUGUUGCUAUGUUUUAAUGAACACACCAUGUAAACAUUCACAGUGCAGGUGGAAAAAGUAUGUGAACCCCUAGACUAAUGACAUCUCCAAGAGCUAAUUGGAGUGAGAUGUCAGCCAACUGGAGUCCAAUCAAUGAGAUGAGAUUGGAGGUGUUGGUUACAGCUGCCCUGCCCUAUAAAAAACACACACCAGUUCUGGGUUUGCUUUUCACAAGAAGCAUUGCCUGAUGUGAAUGAUGCCUCGCACAAAAGAGCUCUCAGAAGACCUACGAUUAAGAAUUGUUGACUUGCAUAAAGCUGGAAAGGGUUAUAAAAGUAUCUCCAAAAGCCUUGCUGUUCAUCAGUCCACAGUAAGACAAAUUGUCUAUAAAUGGAGAAAGUUCAGCACUGCUGCUACUCUCCCUAGGAGUGGCCAUCCUGUAAAGAUGACUGCAAGAGCACAGCGCAGACUGCUCAAUGAGGUGAAGAAGAAUCCUAGAGUGUCAGCUAAAGACUUACAAAAGUCACUGGCAAAUGCUAACAUCCCUGUUAGCGAAUCUACAAUACGUAAAACACUAAACAAGAAUGGAUUUCAUGGGAGGAUACCACAGAGGAAGCUACUGCUGUCCAAACAAAACAUUGCUGCACGUUUACAGUUUGCACAAGAGCACCUGGAUGUUCCACAGCAGUACUGGCAAAAUAUUCUGUGGACAGAUGAAACCAGAGUUGAGUUGUUUGGAAGAAACACACAACACUAUGUGUGACGAAAAAAAGGCACAGCACACCAACAUCAAAACCUCAUCCCAACUGUGAAGUAUGGUGGUGGGGGCAUCAUGGUUUGGGGCUGCUUUGCUGCGUCAGGGCCUGGACGGAUUGCUAUCAUUGAAGGAAAAAUGAAUACCCAAGUUUAUCAAGACAUUUUGCAGGAGAACUUAAGGCCAUCUGUCUACCAGCUGAAGCUCAACAGAAGAUGGGUGUUGCAACAGGACAAUGACCCAAAGCAUAGAAGUAAAUCAACAACAGAAUGGCUUAAACAGAAGAAAAUACACCUUCUGAAGUGGCCCAGUCAGAGUCCUGACCUCAACCCGAUUGAGAUGCUGUGAAUAUUGCUGAACUGAAACAGUUCUGUAAAGUGGAAUGGUCAAGAAUUACCCGUUGUGCACGUCUGAUCUGUAACUACAGGAAACGUUUGGUUGAAGUUAUUGCUGCCAAAGGAGGUUCAACCAGUUAUUAAAUCCAAGGGUUCACAUACUUUUUCCACCUGCACUGUGAAUGCUUACAUGGUGUGUUCAGUAAAAACAUGGCAACAUUUCAUUCUUUGUGUGUUAUUAGUUUAAGCAGACUGUGAUUGUCUAUUGUUGUGACUUAGAUGAUGAUCAGAUCACAUUUUAUGACCAAUUUGUGCCGAAAUCCAUAUCAUUCCAAAGGGUUCACAUACUUUUUCUUGCAACUGUAAGUAUGUUUUGUAUGCAGUAUGUGUGUAAAUGUAGUGUUGACAUUUGAAUGCAGUUGUGUGUUUGUAUGUACUAUUGCUAUUUGAAUGCAGGGCUGUAUUUCUGUGCACAUACAUACAAAUACACAUACAAAUACACAUACAUACAAAUAGAUCAGUGCCAUCUUAACAACAUUAUGGGCCCCUGGGCAAAGCAGUGCACUAUUGCCCUGCCUACACACAACUCACAGGAAUAAAAAUGUGAAUUAUAGAUAAAAUUAAGGUUAUAUUUAUUAGUUCCUCCAACAAAUGAAAAACCUACAUACACACAGAUUGCUGAACACAUUCACACACCGACUCCUGAACACAUACACACACAGACUGCUAAAUACACAGACUGCUGAAUACACACAGACAGUCCGCUGAAUACAUACACACAGUCCACUGAAAACAUACACACAGUCCGCUGAAUACACACACACAAAUAUAAACACACACUGCUGAAUACACAUGCAGACAGACUUCAGAAUACACAGAGUGCGGAGUACACACAGACUGCUGAAUACACACACACGCAAUAUGCUAAAUAUACACACACAGACUGCUGAAUACACUCACACACACACACUGCUGAAUACACAUACAGACAGACUGCUGAAUACACACACAGACAGAAUGCAGAGUACACACAGACCGCUGAAUACACACACACAAACUGCUGAAUACAUACAGGCUGCUAAAUACAUACACACACUGCUGAAUACACACCCAGACAGAAUGCUGAGUACACACAGUCUGCUGAAUACACACAUUCAAACAUAUACACAGACUGCUGAAUACACACACACACAUACUGGAUUGAGGGGUGCAGUGUAUGUGUUUGUGUGUACGAGUUCUGUGUGUGUAUGUGUAUGGGUUCUGUGUGUGAGGGGAGGGGGUGUGUGUCUGAGGUUUGCUGUGUGUGUCUGAUGGGUGGUGUGUGAGUGAGAGAGAGGUGCUGUGUGUGUGUGUGUGUGAGAGAGGUGCUGUGUGUGAUGAGUGUUGUGUGUGGGGAGGGGGUGAUGUGUGUGUGUGUGUGAGGGGUUUUGUGUGUUGCUGGUGCUGUGUGUGGGGUGCUGUGUGCUGUGUGUGUGUGUGAGGGGUUUUGUGUGUGUGUGUGGGGGGUGCUGUGUGUGGGGAGAGUGCUGGGUGUGUGGGUUUUUUCAAGCUGUAAAAGGUCCAUAACACCCUGACUGGAUCCAUGAUUAGAGAUUUAAGUGUUAGGGUCAUCCAAACUGUCCUCCCAGAUUUGUGGGCCCUGUGCGGUUGCAGCAGCAUUAUCGCAAGUAGUUCCAGUGUGGCUGGUAGAACAAGUUGGUAGGCUUUUGUUUAAAGGUGGAGUAGCUAACUGACAUAUGUUCACAUUCCGAAAUACAAUUUUUCUCUUUCAGUGUGUGAUGCCUUUAUCGGUCUCAACAGCAAUGACUUCUAAUAUAAAAACAAACAUCUUUGUAAAGUCUGCUGAUGAUUUUGCCCGGGAGGCUCUAAACACUGUGGGUUACACAAACAGAACCAGUGGGUGUUUCUCUCACUCCCUUCAGGUACGUAUUUUAUAAUCCUUUAGGGCUACUGUUAUUCAUCUUCAAAUGUACUUAUCAUCGGGAGAUUUUGUUAUGUCUAUGCUGGAGCUGUUCCGGAUACAAAACAAAGUUUACUUUGAGAAAUGUAAGACAAAAAGUUAUGUUUUGUAUAGACAGUUUCAGGGAGGGAGCAGUUAUCUAACUAGAGACAGAGUAGAGACAUUUCGUGGCAAAAUCCAGGAGAAAGAUCAGAUAAGCGAUAUUAGGAAACAUGUUGUUCUGGGCAAAAACAGAAUGCAUUCAUGGUGUGAAUAGAGCAGUGUAAAAUAAGAACAGAUAGGGGCCAAAAACAUAACCUUGAAGCAAUCCAACUGAAGGCAGCAGGGAGGUGAAAAAGUAGUAGAGAGCGGAAAAAAAAGACAAUCAGAAAACAGUACAGACAAAACGUGUUUUACUGUCAGAGUGAAUCACCAGUUCAAUCAUGCAUGCAUUUCACUUGUUGAAAAAGAGAAUGAUGGAAAACUGAUUAUGAUCGGACAGAACAUCAAUAUGGAAGAUGGGUUAUGUAUGUGAGAUAGAGAUUAGUAAUGCAGAAUUUGCAAAGUAUUAGUGUGACGGACCGACGUCACUAAGUACCAUGUCCACUGCUUAUUUGUGUGGUUUCCCCUUGUAUUCUGUGUUCCCCCAUGUAUUUGUAUGCAUUUUGUGUUUUUUGCCUGUUCCCUAUUCAGAAGAGCUCAUACAAACGAAACCCGUUUGUCUCCCAAAUGGGGGUCACACUGAUUUCCCAUUUAGAACGCUAAUUAGAUUAGCCCUACCUGAUCCUAACGCAGCCAUAAUCAAUAGGGAUGUGCAUGGGAAAAAAUUUGGUUUGGUUAAGCACUUCCGAAAUUCAGGACUUUGGCAAUUCGGGACUACGGCAAUUCCCUACCCCUACCCUAACCCUUUCCCUACCCCUAAUCAUACCCCUAGAUGUGUAAGUGGUUGUGGUGGUUAGGCUUAGGGGUAGGGUUAGAUUCCUGUCAUCAUUCACGUAAUUUUCCCUCCCUCUCUUGUUUUGCCACUUUUCCGAAAUCUGAAGCACUUCGGCACUUCCGAAAUUCGGCGGUUCGGUUCGGCACUUCCAAAAUACAGCACUUCGGAAAUUGCUGAAAUCCAUCCGAAUUUACAUUCGGAAUGAAACUAAUUGCACAUGUCUAAUAAUCACUGUUUCCCAUACCCAGGAGCUGCGAGGCCAGGCUCGGAGCUGCCCAAAGAGGUAUCCACCAGAGAGAGAGACACGGGCCCCAGCUGAAUCCCAGGAGCUGUGAGUCGGCUGCACAGCCACAGAGGUCCCGCUGGCCGCCUGGAAGUCUGUGGAAUAGGACUAAGAGCGCCCAUUUAAACUGGGUUCACGCCAUUCUCCUGAUGGGACGGCACGAGUGAGUGCUGACAGGUCGCUGCGAGACACAUGCGACCAAUCAGAUAAGGAGCGCCCAUUCAAACAGGGUUUCUCACCCUUUCUCCUGAAUGGGCGGUAAAAGCCCUCUUCUCCCUGAACGCUAAUUGGCGCAGUUUGGUUUUGCGCCCUUUUCGCUGAUUGUCUGGCGGAAUGCCUUCUCUCCACGAGCGCUGAUUGGCACGAUUUGGUUUGCGCCCUUUUUCCGGAUUGGCUGUUGCUUGCUUUAGGCACAAAGUUUGAAUUCACCGGACUAACCCAAGCAACACUGUGGAACUAAUUUCAGGAAUGUACAGAGUCUCCAGCCCUAGACUUUAUACGAUGAUUUCUCGGGCUCUGUAAAUCCGAUAGCCCCGCUAUUUGCAGGGAUCCUUGUUGGGAUUUGGGGCUAUCCAGGGAGAUAGACAUGUGUGACCCCUUUCCUUCCCGGGGCGCGGAGCCCCAUAAGUUUACUCCAUGUAUGUAAUGUGUCCUAUUGUCUGUAAAUAUUGUGCUAUUGGUAUCUCCCAGAGUGCGAGAUGGUUAUCUGUAAACCAUCCAACUCCAGCCUGGGAUUGUGUUGAACUGAAUGGAGACCUCCUGUGGUGGUCUGUGCAUAAAAGCUGUGCACCAAUAAAGAUUGUCAGAGUUGUACCUCCAGAACUAAGUCUUGUCCAGUUACUGGGGAAGGGGAAGAAAGGAUUAAUCCCUGGACCACCUUGUCGCAGCUAGUGGAAGAUGCAGCGGGGAAAGUCCUUGUAAGGACUGAGAGCUAUUUCCCCAGCUAGGAAGCGGUCCCUGUAACGGAGGUAACCGGUCGGGUUGUGAGAGAGGUCCAUUACAAUUAACAACCUCGAAAUUAUACUAAUUUACCAGCUUACGAUUAGUCUUUUAAAAUUGUGUGUGGAAUUCCUUUUUUAUUUUUAAACUCUCAUGGAGGAUAACUGAUCAAAGAAAAUGUAUGUAAUAUCAGUAGUCAACCAGAACUUGCCAUUUUUACAGGUGGGCAUAAUUACCUCCCAGCAUUCAUAAAAUAGAAUGAAUUCUAAAUCUACCUGAAGAAUGCCUUUGACACAUAGACUUUUAUUAUUCAUUUCAAUUUAAAAAAUGUUUUCAAAUUAAAAAAAAAAAAAAAGUUGCAGGGUUUAUUUUCUGCACAGUUAGCUAGAAACAUUACCAUUAUUAACAUUGCAGUGAUACAUUUCUUUCUGACUAAUUUCUUUUUCCUUUUAAUUUUAUUCAAUUUCCUUUUAUUUUAUAGAGCUAUGCCUUGGAUUUAAUUCCUAAGCCUGUGUUUUCAAUGACAACUGUGACAGAUCUCUUUGAGAAUCUAGUGAACAAGCAAAAGAAGAAAGAAAAAUGA